AUGGAUGACAACUCUCAAAUUCCUCCUGAAGAUGUUGGGACAAAAGUCAAACUGAAAAAGCUAAGUGAAGAUAGUUUAACUAAGCAACCUGAAGAAGUCUUUGAUGUUCUAGAGAAACUUGGUGAAGGGUCUUACGGUAGUGUGUUUAAAGCAAUACACAAAGAGUCUGGACAAGUUGUAGCGAUUAAACAGGUCCCCGUGGAGUCAGAUCUUCAAGAAAUAAUUAAAGAAAUCUCUAUAAUGCAACAAUGUGACAGUCCCUAUGUUGUCAAGUACUAUGGCAGCUAUUUUAAGAACACAGAUCUAUGGAUUGUUAUGGAAUAUUGUGGAGCUGGCUCUGUUUCGGACAUAAUUAGACUUCGUAAUAAAACGCUAACAGAAGAUGAAAUUGCAACUAUUCUGAAAUCUACUCUUAAAGGACUUGAAUACUUGCACUUUAUGAGAAAAAUACAUAGGGAUAUAAAGGCUGGAAACAUCCUUCUUAACACUGAGGGACAUGCUAAAUUAGCGGAUUUUGGUGUGGCUGGCCAGUUAACAGAUACAAUGGCAAAACGUAAUACUGUUAUAGGAACUCCGUUUUGGAUGGCUCCUGAAGUAAUACAAGAGAUUGGCUAUAACUGCGUGGCGGACAUCUGGUCCCUUGGUAUCACUUCAAUAGAAAUGGCUGAAGGAAAGCCUCCAUAUGCUGAUAUUCACCCAAUGAGG